CGCAGCAUAGUAGAAUAUCACAGAAUUUGUUUGUCAUCUUAAAAGGUAACCAGUCAUAAAAUUGUGAAGUUAAUUUCUUUCAUAAAAAGAAAGGAAGAAAGAUGGAUUAUUUGAGUAUUGAACAAUUUCCGGAUUACAAAGUGCCCGGUGUUAAACAUCAAGAUUUUCAACCUUACGAAUCCAACGGAGGUUCGAUUGUGGCCAUUGCUGGCAAUGAUUUUGCAGUUAUUGCGGCUGACUCCCGUUUAUCUAGCGGUUAUACUAUACACACGCGCAAUGGAAACAAACUAUUCCAACUUUCGUCUAAUGCAGUUUUGGGUUCAACUGGUUGCUGGUGUGACACUUUGGCUUUGACUGCUUUAGUUAAAGCUCGCAUGCAAAUGUAUGAACAUACGCAUUCUAAGACUAUGUCCACCGAUGCUACGGCUCAAAUGCUUUCAAUUUUGAUGUAUAAUAGGCGUUUCUUUCCGUAUUACGUAUCGAAUGUACUUGCUGGCUUAAAUUCCGAGGGUAAAGGAGUGGUAUAUUCCUACGAUCCUAUAGGGCACUUCGAAAAGAGUAAUAGCAGAGCUGGCGGCUCGGCUGGAGCUCUCUUGCAACCAGUACUAGAUAAUCAAAUUGGUUUGAAGAACAUAAAGCUGGAGCAUAUUGGUUUCCCUGCAGAGCUAACUAAGGAACGAGCAGUGGCCAUAGCUAGUGAUGCUUUUAUAUCUGCUACGGAACGUGAUAUAUAUACUGGUGACUCUGUUCAAAUCAAUAUCAUUACUAAAAGUGGUAUAGAGGUCAAAGAAUUACAAUUGCGCAAAGAUUGAAAUUGCAACGCGUGUGUAUUUAAUAUUUAAACAAUUUUUGUGAAUCUUUAUAAAAAUUUUUAAAGGAUGUGAAAUAAAUAUUAAGAGAGUAUAAAGUUAUAAACAUUUACUUGUACAGAAACUGAAAGUUCCUAAAUAUUCAUAUUUAUGAACUAAUCUCUGUCAAAUUGGGCAAAUGUUAAUUUUGAUGAGUAGGUUUUUUCUUUAAGUAAACUUUUUUCAAUAUGAAGUCUAUUCAGCAGAUUUCGUUUCAAAAUUACACAUUAGAGUUAAUAGCGGUGUGGUUGCAGAUCGCGCUGUGAUUAUUGUAGUGCAACGAACGUUCGGAUCGUUUCUUCUUUAAGGUAAAUUUUAUGAUUGUUUUUUUUUUCUCCAUUAUUAUUAUAUAAUAAUAAUCAUAAUACAAAUCUGUAUGUGUUGCGUGAAUACCUGUGUACAUAAAAUAGGUCGGGUUGAUAGCUUUCUUCAAAUUUUCUUUGCUUUUAAGAGUUUCUCUUCAAGUUUCGCUCUAAUUACGUUUUCUAAACCAUUAUUUUUCUCUCCCCAGAUGACUAACACACGAAGAGAAAUUUUUUGGCUAAACAGUUUUUCACAAAAACCAACGAAACUAUAGAUGUUUUGGGGAAUUACUUCAUUUAUAUUAUUUGGCAGAGCAAAUGAACGGUGCGGCUAAAAACAAGGUUUUGGAUGCUUUUUUUACUACUGUCGGCUGAUUUUUUGUUCCAAAAUACGAACGUUUAAAACAUAACCAUAAUCACCGUCGUCAGUUGUCUGCAUAAUUAAUUACUACUAAUUUCUUUUGAAAUAUCUUCAGGUUUGGCCAGAGAUACGCUUACCAGCAAGAAUGCGUUAUAAAACUGCAUGAUAAGAAGGAUGACCGAGCUUAUAUGUACUUUUGAAGAAACAUUCCCGUGCCAAGUAUUUUAGAUUUCUUUUGUGAUUGUUUUUUACGUUAUAAAAUAUAAAUUUUGUAAAUUCAUGUUUUUAUUUAAAUUUAAUUU